GUACGUUUAUAAAGCCUACUUAAAUGUCCUAAUUGAACUAAGCCCUGUCUGUGAAAACGGGCCAAACUGUUUAUUUUCAAAUCUGAGUAGGCCAAUUAUUACGUUACCAAUAUACCAGCGAAAGAAAAGGGACAGAAAUUAAGGAAGUGAGCUUGUGGAGUAAGAGAGGAAGUGUUUUCUGAGGACUGCAUGAGGUACCGAGAUUGCACUUCAUGAUAUUUAGGGUCCUGUGAACUUCCACUGUGAUGUAAUAUGGCUUAACUUCCUGUGGUGUCUGAACAGAAAACAGUUCUUUACCACUUCUUUUGGAAACGAUGUGGAUGGUAAUAUCUAAGCUUUGAUGAAACAACGCAAGGAAAGAAAAAGACGUGGAUCCUUUUGGUUUUUAAAUGAAAAAUAAUAUAACAUUUUUUGUAUUACCUAUAAGGAUGUAUGCUGUCAAAUCUGUGCUGUGUUGGAUCGUAAUUCUGUGCUGUUGGCAGGAAACUCAAGCCAAAGCUACACUCUCUAUGCUGAACAGAACCAGAGUGGCACUAGCAGGAGAUAUUCUUGACUUCAACCUGUCAGUGGGCAUUCCAGCAAACUCCAGCUCGACCAUUGUGUGCUACACUCAAAAGAAGAACAUUUGGAGUAAAAAACUUAAAAGUGAAUUUUUUGACAGUACAGUGUCGGUGACAGCACGUAUCGAAAUGCACAACAGCUCCAGUUCUGGCAAUUACUACUUUCGUUAUGCAAAUAAGGAAGUGCAUUGGGUGGUUCAUGUGAGGGAUAAAGGUUACCAGGAGCCAGCUGAGGAGUUAGACAGUGGCAUCAUCGCAAUGAUGGCUUUCUCAGGAAUUCUUCUCAUCUUCAGUGUUGCUGGGUCACUUUGCUUAAUAAAGAGCUACAAGGAUCAACCUCCUUGUAGAGAUGACAAAAAUGAAGCGGCGAAGCAGAGACCAGAGGAGAGUGAUUGUGAGAUAUUGGAUGAGGAUGCUGCAUCUGCAUCACACUACAUGGCGCUACAACACAGAACAAGCUCCAUUUAUGAAACAUUGAAUCCAGAGAUGAUAAUGCAUGAAGAAAACACAAGGAAGAAAAAUUCAGAUAAAAAGCACCAUGAAGUGCAAGAAGAAGUAUUUGAUUCUCUCUAUGAAAACCUGUGAAUGAAUGAAUGAAUGAAUGAAUGAAUGAAUGAAUGAAUGAAUGAGUGAGUGAGUGAAUGAAUGAAUGAAUGAAUGAAUGAGUGAAUGAAUGAAUGAAUGAAUGAAUGAAUGAAUGAAGUUAAUUUUACCUGCUAGAAUGUACUUGGUGUCAAAUAAAGAUUUUUUUUUUAUAUAUAUAUAUAAUUUAAUAUUUUAUGGGCCAGUGUAACAUAAAAUAACAAAAUAAAUGAAAGAUUAAAACAA